AUGAGAGAUCAGGCCAGGAAUACAUUUAUGUUGCAUUGCUCAACAAAUAUACAAAAAAACAUCGAAAUUUGUGGUAAUGACUUUUCAACAAAAAAAUUAGUAAAUUUCGAAAUAUUGUCGAUUGGCCUUAACAACUCUGUUUUAAAGGAAGAACCUAUUUUACAAUUGUGGUUAAAAUGGAAUUUGAAAUUGAUGUGUGUGAAAAUGUUGAUAAUCGUAAAGACGCUAACAAUGUAAUUGUUUUAAGAAAUGGAGAAGUUUCUUACAAUCAUUUUUUCCAUAAUAUGCUUCAAGCCAAUGUACCAUGCAUUAUACGAAAUGUCACCGAAAAUUGGGAAGCCUCCUCUAAAUGGGUGGAAAAUAAGGUCCCCAAUAUCAAUUACUUAGAAGAGAAAUAUGGUAGUUUGUCAGUGUGCGUUUAUAAUUGCUCCCAAAGAUUUUUUAACUCGCAAAAGUCAAACAAUGAUAUCUUGAAAAAUUAUUUAAACUAUUGGAAUAAAGAAAGAAAUAAUAAAUGCCUGUAUUUGAAAGAUUGGCACCUAAAACUUCAAUCUAAAAGUGAUGAGUUUUAUAAAGUACCUAUAUAUUUUGGUUCUGAUUGGUUAAAUGAGUACUAUAUUAAGUGCGAAAAUGAUGAUUAUAGAUUUGUGUAUCUGGGGCCUAAAAACAGCUGGACACCAUUCCAUGCAGAUGUCUUUACAUCAUAUAGCUGGUCAGCUAAUGUUUGUGGACAAAAAAAAUGGUUGAUCCUCCCUCCAGGGGAGGAGAAUAGGUUAAAGGAUAACUUUGGAAAUUUACCUUAUGACAUCAGCAAUAUGAGAGAUUCUAUAAAUUGCAUGGAAGUUAUACAAAAUCCCGGUGAGGCGAUAUUCAUACCUUCUGGUUGGUAUCAUCAAGUGUGGAACUUGGAAGAUACAAUAUCAAUAAAUCAUAAUUGGUUUAAUGGUUGCAACAUUCUGACUGUGUGGGAAUCCUUAAAUCAUAAUUUGAGUAAUGUUAUUAAAGAAAUUGAACAUUGUAAAGAAAUGGAGGAUUUUGAAAACCAUUGUCAAGUAAUGCUGAAUGCUUUAUUCGGAAUGGAUCACAAAAAGUUUUUAGAAAUUUUAAAAUUUAUUGCUUUGUCAAGGGUAGACAUGCUUAGAAAUAAAGCGUUGCGAGUAUUAUUUCAUGGUCACAUUAUUGGUAUUAAUCACAUAUUAUUUGAUUUAAAACAGAUUAAAUUCGUUUUAGAACAGUUUUUAAAUUGUGACCUCAACUUUAGCAGUUUAUUUGUCGAGGAUAAUGUGGAAGAUAUUUUAAAUAAGAUUUAUUGUAGUUUGGAGAGUUGAUUAAACGGUGGUCGGUUCAAUUUAAUUCAACGAUGCUUUUCACUAAAACAGUUGGGCACGACUUCUAUGAUUAUGGUCGGUUUAGAAGGUUCUUCUUCUUCUUUACAUCUGUUGG